AUGACAAAGAAACCAUUCAGUUCCCAACAGAAGAAGCAACAGCUUCAAGAUAAGAGAAAAAAGAAAAGAGAAAAUGCAGAAAAGAAGGAUGAUAUGUAUGAUUGGUCAAAAUGGAAGGAAGUUAACUUUGAAAAGGAAGAUGAUGAUGUGGAGGAAGUUGAGAUGAAUAUUCCAAAGGCUAAUCCUUUGGAAAGAAUGGGAAUUGAAGAUGAGGAGACUGAACAUGUUGUUGUUGAUGAAGAAUCCGACAAUAGUGAAAGUAGUAGUGAUGAUGAAUCCUCUUCAUCAGCUGCAAAAUCCAUUAAACCAAGAGAAUAUACUUCCAUGGUUACUUCGGAAUUUAAGCUAAAAACAAAAUUUGCAAAGGAUAGUGAUGAAGCUGUACAGAAAAGAAGAAUGGAAAGUUUACGACCUUUGGAUCCAUAUUUAAAGGGAAAGGCAACAUUUGGUAAAUUUAAAUCAUUGCAAGCUGAGGUUAAUGAAGGAUUUGAAAUGAUUCCAAUGCCAAUCAGACCUCCAAUUUCGAUUGGCAUGACAAAGGAACAAGUAGAAAGACAAGAAGAAGUCUACUUCCAAAAAUACUUGAAAGAGCAGAUUUUAAAUGGAAAGUAUAAGGAAGAAGAUUUGAAUUACUUUGAAGAAAACGUUCAUGUUUGGAAGCAAUUGUGGAAAACUAUUGAAUUAUCAGAUAUUCUCUUUGUAGUUGCAGAUAUUAGACAUCCACUGUUUCACUUCCCUCCAUCAUUGUAUGAAUAUGUUUCCAAUGUAUUGAAAAAGCCAUUCAUUCUCGUUUUGAAUAAGUGUGAUUUGAUUUCAAAGGAUAAACAGCAACGAUGGAUAAGGUGGUUCAAUGAAAAGUAUCCAAAUGUUAGAGUUUGUCUCUUUACUCGUGGUACAGGAUCUGGAAAGAAGACCAAGAGUAAGGAACUUAAAUUGGAAGAAUUAAAGAUUGAAAAGGAUUAUGCUAAACAGAUUUGGCAAGUAACAAAACAACUCUAUGACGAAUUCAAGAUUGCCAAAUUGAAGAGAGAUAAUGAAGAGGAACAAGAGAGGAUUUCCAAACUGGUUGGUGAAGAUUUUGAUACUCUGAUUGGUGAAUGUGAUAAAAUUGAAUUACCAACUCCAAAACCUAAACUCAAAAUGAAGAAAAAACUUAGAAAGGAAAAAGAAGCAAGAAGAAUGGGCAAUAUUAAAGAAGAAGAAUCUGAAUCAGAAGAAGAAGAGGAAGAAGAAGAAAACCAAGAUAUUGAUAAGAGAUGUGAUGGUUGUGUUAUUGGUUUUGUUGGCCAUCCAAACGUUGGUAAAUCCAGUAUUAUCAAUGCUCUCACUGGUAAGAAAGUGGUUUCCACAUCAUACACUCCUGGACACACUAAACAUGUCCAAACACUUUAUUUGGAAACUAAGAAUAAGAUGAUUCAAUUCUGUGAUUGUCCUGGUUUAGUUUUCCCAGCUGUUGGUGCUUCUAAGGCUCUUCAGAUUCUCUCAGGUAUUUAUCCAAUCAGUCAAGUUAGAGAUCCAUACAGUAUUGUAAGAUAUUUAGCAGAAAGAGUUGACUUGGUAAAACUCUUAAAAUUGAAACAAGAUGAAUACGAUUUGGAAAAUGACAUUUCAUGGUCAGCUUGGACUCUUUCAGAAGCAUACGCAAGAAAGAGAGGCUACAUGACAAAGAAGAAUGCAAGACCAGAUGUUUACAGAGCUGCAAACGAACUUUUGAGACGUGUUCUUAAAGGUGACGAUGUUGCAUUGAUUCUUGCUUUUGAUCCUCCAAGUGUUAAGGUUAAACCAACAGAAGAUAAAAAGGAGUCAAUAAUACCAAGUGCAUCAUCUCAACAAUCAAAUAAGGAUACUAAAAAGAAAAACAAAAAGCAACCACAGGCUAGUGAUUUCGAUUACAUUAGAGAGUUAGAACGAGAUACUUUUGCUUUGCAUGAAGAAUAAAUUAAGAUUAUCAAGAAAAUUUUUAUAAUGUGCAUUGCACAAACCAAGCUAUUUUGGUUAUUUCAUUUUCGUUGUUAAAUAUUUGAAACGAGCCCAUCGUAGUAAUAAAACUUUCCUUCUCAGAA